AUGACAUCCAUCUGCUGUGUCACCAACACCGGCUCUCUGGGGACGGGCAAGAGCUGCCCCCAGGCCGCCUCCGUGUGCUCCGCCGGCAUGAGCUGCCGACCCGAAGCCUGCAUGCCUUACCUCUGCCAGCCCAUGGGCUACGUGCCCAGCCUCUGCCUGCCCUCCGCCUACCGGCCGGGCAGCUGCCUCCCCAAGCCCUACCUGCCAUCUUCCUGUCGCCCAAGCAGCUGCCGUCCGUCCUGCUCCUUACCAGGGAGCUGCGGCAUCCCUUGUGGGGUGGGGAGCUGCAGCUGGUUCGGUGAUGGCGUCUUCAACGGCAACGAGAAGGAGACCAUGCAGUUCCUCAAUGACCGCCUGGCCAACUACCUGGAGAAGGUGCGGCAGCUGGAGCAGGAGAAUGCUCACCUGGAGAGCAAAAUCCAAGAAGCCUGCCAGUCUCAAGGGCCCGCCAUAUGUCCUGAUUACCAGUCGUAUUUCAGGACUAUCGAGGAGCUGCAGCAGAAGGUUCUAUGCACCAAGGCAGAGAAUGCCAGGAUGGUAGUACAGAUUGACAAUGCCAAGCUGGCUGCAGAUGACUUCCGAACCAAGUAUGAGACAGAGGUGUCCCUGCGCCAGCUGGUGGAGGCUGAUAUCAAUGGUCUGCGCAGGAUUCUGGAUGAGCUGACCCUGUGCAAGGCUGACCUGGAGGCCCAGGUGGAGUCCCUGAAAGAGGAGUUGCUCUGUCUCAAGAAAAAUCACGAAGAGGAAGUCAAUGCCCUUCGCUGUCAGCUUGGUGACCGGCUCAACAUUGCCGUGGAUGCUGCUCCUCCAGUGGAUCUGAACAGGAUGUUGGAAGAGAUGAGGUGCCAGUAUGAGACUGUUGUGGAGAAUAACCGUAGAGAUGUGGAGGAAUGGUUCAAUGCUCAGAUGGAGGAACUUAACCAGCAAGUGACCACCAGCUCGGAGCAGCUCCAGAGCUACCAGUCAGACAUCAUUGAUCUGAGGCGAGCCAUCAAUGCUUUGGAGAUCGAGCUGCAGGCCCAGCAUAGCAUGAGAGAUUCCCUAGAAAAUACUCUAAAUGAAACAGAAGCCCGCUAUAGCUCCCAGUUGGCUCAGAUGCAGUGUAUGAUCAGUAAUGUGGAGUCCCAGUUGGCUGACAUUCGCUGUGACCUGGAGCGACAAAACCAGGAAUACAAAAUCCUCUUGGAUGUUAAAGCCCGCCUUGAGUGUGAGAUCGCCACGUAUCAUAGCCUUCUGGAGAGUGAAGACUGCAAACUGCCCUGCAAUCCAUGUUCUGCUCCUUCCUGUGCACCGUGUAUGCCUCGUCCAGUCUGUGUACCCCGCUCUGUCUGUGGGCCGUGCACACCCUGCACCCAGAUGGGCCGCUGUUGA